GCAUUAUGCAACAUGACCAGUGUGUUAUGCAGCUUAUGCUUCAUUCUGAUCGCAUUCCGUCCUUAAUCUGACCAUUCUUCUGAUUCAUGUACUGAAUGGUCCAUCGUACGAGGUGAUCACAUUCGAUUCACAGGAACAAGUCAAUUGUAAUGUGUCACUAAUGACAUCAAGCAGCAGCUACUGUAGUACGGUACACUCCGACUAUCUCUGCCUAUGCCUCCCUCCAGACGAGAUGUGCUCCAGUGAGGCGGGCCUCCGGAGGCGCGACCGGAAGUGGUGGUGGGACAGGGCCUUGGGCCAGGAACACGGCGGACUCGGCGGGGAGAAGCAGGGGCUCGGCGCAGUU